UUCUUAUAAAUAAUUUUAUCUUUUGGUCAACAAAAAAACAUAACCAACACAAACCAAUCUCAUUAGUUUCACAUUAUUGUACAACAAAUAUGUCUGACAUUGCUAUGUUAGUUGCUGAGGAGUAUGAGAGAAGGGUCAAGAGUUUAAAAACCAUUGCUGCUGCUUCCGAUGGUGGUGCUGUAAAAACAUGGGAGGUUGACAUGUCUUGGUUUUCACUAAUGGUUUCCAAGUUGAAAGAGGAGAAGAAGCAACUUGUUCAGUCUGUGUUGGAACCUAAAACACAAUUUGCUGUUGCUGCUUCUAACAGCUUCUUUUCUGCUUGAUCAAACAACUUAUUCAGUCCUGCAGCGUGUCUGAUUGUGUAAUUUGUUUUUCUUGUCUUCUAAUUUUCAUGAAGUCUUGUGUACAUAGCUAUGUUUGGAAUUUGAAUCCGAAUUAAAGGUAAUUGUUGUAACAUAGUUUCGAUCACUUGUUUAAAUGUUGGAUGUAGAGAUAAAUAUGAUUCUAGUAGAACUUGCUUCGGUUUCCUUCAAUAAAAAUUGGUUAAUGAGUUUCUUAGACUA